CUGCGUCAUCCAACAUGUCCGACUAACUGGCGGGAAAAACAACGGUUGGUUUUUGUUUGUCAGGUUGAACAAAACAUUUGUUUGUUUUUGUGGUAAAAAAAUAAAGAUAUGGAUCCUUCAGAAGUGGAAUUUCUCUCUGAGAAGGAAAGAGUGAAGAUUAUCCCAAACUUUAGCCUUGAUAAGAUCUAUUUAAUCGGGGGAGACCUGGGACCGUUUAACCCGGGACUGCCGGUGGAGGUGCCGGUGUGGUUGGCGCUCAAUCUGAAACAGAGACAGAAAUGCAGAAUCGUUCCUCCGGAGUGGAUGGACGCAGAUAAACUGGAGGAGAUCCGAGAGCAGGAGAGAAGAGAGGACGCCUUCACCCCGAUCCCCAGCCCUUAUUACAUGGAACUGACCAAGUUACUGCUGAACCACGCUGCAGACAACAUCCCAAGAGCAGACGAGAUCCGGACCCUGGUCAAAGACAUCUGGGACACUCGCAUUGCAAAACUGCGUCUGUCUGCUGACAGCUUCAUCAGCCAGCAAGAGGCUCACGCCAGGCUGGAUAACCUGACUCUGAUGGAGAUCAACACCACACGCACGUUCCUGCUGGAUUCUCUAAACUUCAUGUACAAGCUGCGCUCCAACCUGCAGCCCGGCUCCGGCUCGGGGAAAUCACAGGAUUAUUAAUCAGGACGUUCACACAGCGUGCUGCUGCAAUGAGGUCACUUUUCCAGCUGGGACUUAAAUCAGCAGCGUUUAUUAUUUAUUACAGCAGUUCCUCCGCGUGGACGACUUCGCACUCUUCAGCAGAUCGACUGGGACUGAUUUGUUACAGAUCCUGUGAGGUCACAUGACCGUGUUAUAGAUCACCAAGCUGUAAGAGACGUGAGAUGUACGUGUGCGUGUGUGUGUGAGCAGCUUUUAUUGUGUUUAUGCUUUAAAGAGGAAAUCACAGGUAAAAAAUAAAACUGCUGAUGGGAAACCGAAGUAACGACAGACCACAAGUGCCGGACGAUCGGCCUGAGGAUCCGACACUUAGCUAACGUCACUUAUCUAACACUUGUGCUUGUGUAAUGUAGAUUAAGGCCCUGCUGGACAUUUUAUGAACUUCAACAAUGAACUUUAUCGUUUCUCUUUUAUAAAUUCUAAUUCUUCUGUGUGUGUGUGUGUGUGUGUGUGUGUGUGUGUGUGAGAGAGAGGAUGUGUAAACACCCAGGUUUAGAUAUGCUGUGGGAAAAUAAACGAGAUUAUAAAACACA